AUGGCAGAGACAAAAAGCGAGUGUUACUCUGACGAUGAUGGCUUUCCAGAAACAGAUGUAACUUUGCUUGUAGAAGAUAAGAUAAUUCACGUCAACAAAGCUGUCCUUUCCCAGCAUUCACCGGUGUUUAGCGCCAUGUUUUCCGGAAGUUUUAAAGAAAGUACUGAAAAGGAGAUAACACUAAAAAACAAAAAGGCUAAGGAUUUUAUUGAGUUUCUUCGAUGUUUUUAUCCAAACAUGAAACAUGCAAUCACAGAACAAAAUGUGUUGCGAGUACUACCUUUGGCACACGAGUACCAGUCUCCUCUUGUAACUGAUUGUGAGAAGUUUAUGGCAAGCAUGUGCAAACCGGGAACACGUCUGACAGUGACAACACUACUGGAUUACAUUAUAGCAGCCGAAAAAUAUGACUUGAAUACGUUCCUGGAUACCGCAGUAGAAUUUUGUGGCCAUGUCGAAUUUGAUCUUCUCAAUGGAAGGACAUUCGAACGAAAAGAAGUAAAAAUAGAGAGUCCUGCUUGGCCAAUUUGUCCUAUAUCGGUAUGGAUUUAUGAUGUGCAGGAGAUGAAAGAUAUUUCUUCAAAAUUUUUAGAGAUUGAUUCAAAAACACAGCAUGCAAUAUCUGUCAGAAGACUUCACGUUCUUGAAAUGAAUGAAAGAAAAAAGAAAAAUCUUGACGAUAUUGAAGAGGAUUAUGUUAUUAAAUUAUCAUAG